AUGUUGGAAAGACGUAAGGAUAAAGAGACUCCUCUACAUGCGGCUGUCUCAGGUGAUAAGGUAGACGUUGUCCGUAUUCUGGUGGAGCAGGGCGCUGACGUCAACGUACAGGAUCAGAGAGGACAAACACCUUUGUGCCAGGCGUUGUCUCGUGGUGAGAAGGAUUGGUUUAGUCGUCUCCAGCAGGAAAGUGGAUCCUAUUUGUUAAACAACAACAACAUGGCGGCCGCUCAACCAAAUCGACGCCACUUUAAGGAAAGAAGAGAUUGCUUGAACGAAUAUAAUGACAGGGAGCUCUUAGAAAGGUUUCGUCUUGAUGCUGCAGGGAUUCGGUAUAUCGAAUCACUAGUUAGGGAUGACGUUGUAAGUGGAUCGAAUAGAAACUGUGCACUUACUCCAAUGCAGAAAGUGUUGAUUACUCUUCGUUUUUUGGCAACUGGGAAAAUGCAGCUAUGCAGUGGUGAUGACAUGGGAGUCUCACAGCCGACUGUAUCUAGGGCUAUCACAGCUACUGUAAGAAGUCUAUCUUCAAACCGGCUAAUUGCUCAGUUCAUUCGUUUUCCACUGACAGCUCGCGAAAUCCGUGAAAAGCAGGAAACGUUCUACGCUGCUGCUCAGUUUCCAAGCAUUGUUGGGGCUAUUGAUGGGACACACGUACAAAUCACCGCUCCUAGCAUAUAUGAAAAUGAAUUUGUUAAUCGGCACCAUUACCACAGUAUUAACGUUCAAAUUGUUGUGGAUGCGAAGUACAACAUUCUCGACAUUGUCGCAAAAUGGCCAGGGUCAACACCUGACGCUCGAAUUCUGGCUGAAAGCGGACUGAGACAGCUUUUUGAAAACCACCACGCACCCAUCCACACUCAUCUGAUCGGAGAUAGCGGGUACCCAUCUAAACGCUGGCUUCUUACCCCUUUCCUCAGGCCACAACCCGGCCCUCAAACAAAUUACAACAGGUCCCACAAACGGACACGUAGUGUAGUUGAAAGGGGUAUAGGCCAGUUGAAGAGAAGAUUUCAUGUAUUGCAUGGAGAAAUAAGGAUGUCACCAGACAAAGCCUGCCAAAUAAUUCUGGCAUGCGAUGUUCUGCAUAAUAUCUGCAAAUUGAGACAAAUACCUCUUCCAGGUAAUGAACAGGAGGAUGAAAAUAAUGGAGGUGAUCAACAAGAGGAUGGUGUCAUUGCUCCAGAUGCCAAUGUUGAAGGCGUUCGAUACAGACAGUAA